GAUUUCGUCACGAGCCGAAACUUUUACUUUUUACCUCGUCGGUAUUGAGAAGUGCCUCUUUCAAACCAACCACGUGGUCGUUGAGUCGUCUCUCGAAAAGUGAGAAAACCGGGCGAUGUCGAUGAUGGAUAUAAAAAUGUUUCACGAGCGAGCGGCCGCUGCGGAAAGAGAGAUACUCAAUUUAAAGCAGCAGAUCGAAUCGCUACAACGAAACAUUAUGUCUGACGCUCCGAAUAAUGUAACUAAAGAGGAAUUUGAAAAGUUGCAACAAGAAAAUACGAAGUUGACGCAUAGGAUAGCAAUUCUUAGAAGGACUGUGGAAGAACAAAAAAACAGAUUGGCUUCGAAAUUAUUUGGAUCUCCAGAUGUAAUCAGCAUAAACGAUACUCUUUCUGAACUUUUUCGGAAGGCUAUCAACACUGCUUAUCCUAAUAUAACAGAUCCACCAGUGGUAGUGACUGUAAGCAGUAAUCCCAAAUUUGGAGAUUAUCAAUGCAAUAGUGCUAUGCCCCUAGCCCAUCAACUGAGUAACUCUGGUACCAAAGUAAUUCCACGUAAUGUUGCUAAUGAAAUUAUGUCCAAACUGGAGACAUCCCCUCUUGUAGAUAAAUAUGAAAUAGCUGGUGCAGGAUACAUAAACAUAUAUUUAAAACGCGAUUUUGGACAAUUUGUUUUAAGCAAUUGGUUGAUGGCUGGUGACGUUCCUCCCCCAUAUGUCAAGAAGAAAAGAGUAAUCGUGGAUUUUUCUAGUCCUAACAUUGCCAAGGAAAUGCACGUGGGACAUUUAAGGUCAACAAUUAUUGGAGACAGUAUUUCAAGACUGUUAGAAUAUUUAGGACACAAUGUACUAAGACUCAAUCAUAUAGGUGACUGGGGUACACAAUUUGGUAUGUUGAUAGCACAUCUUCAAGACAAAUUUCCCGAUUAUUUAACCAAUGUUCCUCCAAUCCAGGAUCUUCAGACCUUCUAUAAAGAAUCUAAGACUAGAUUUGAUGAGGAUGAAGAAUUUAAAAAACGUGCGUAUGAGUGCGUCAUUAAAUUGCAAGCCUUCGAGCCUGAUAUAACAAAAGCAUGGAAAAUGAUAUGUGAUAUAUCUAGAAAAGAAUUUGAGAAAGUGUAUACUCGACUGGAUAUCAAAGUGACAGAAAGAGGUGAAUCAUUUUAUCAGAAAUACAUGGAGGCAAUAGUUAAAGAAUUAGAAUCAAGGAAUUUAUUGGAAGAAGAUAAUGGGCGAAAAAUAAUGUGGGGAGAACAACACGGUAGCGGGGUACCUUUAACUAUAGUAAAAUCUGAUGGCGGUUUUACAUAUGAUACGUCAGACAUGGCUUGUAUUAAGCACCGUAUCGAAAUAGAACGGGCGGAUUGGUUGAUAUAUGUGACAGAUGCGGGUCAGUCUUUGCAUUUUCAAAUGUUAGAAAGCUGUGCUAAAAGAGCAGGUAUCUUGAAGAGCUUUCACAGAGUGGAUCAUGUUGGCUUUGGUGUUGUCUUAGGUGAAGACAAGAAGAAAUUUAAAACAAGGUCUGGCGAUACUGUAAAACUCAGCGAGUUACUAGAUGAAGGUUUGAAAAGAGCACUACAAAAACUGAAGGAAAAAGAACGCGACAAAGUAUUAUCUGAAGAAGAGCUAAAAAUGGCUCAAGAAUCCGUUGCAUACGGCUGUAUAAAAUAUGCCGAUUUAGUACACAACAGAAAUCACGAAUAUGUGUUCUCAUUUGAUAAGAUGCUGGAUGAUAGAGGCAACACAGCCGUUUACUUAUUGUAUGCUCUAACUCGAAUUCGUUCUAUCGCCAGAACGGCGAAUAUCACGAAGAACGAGUUGCGGCAGCAUGUACACAAUACUCCAAUCUCAUUGGAACACGAAAAAGAAUGGAAAUUGGCAAAAACAUUGUUAAAAUUUCCCGAUGUAAUUCUUGGCGUCAGUGAAGAUUUAUGCUUGCAUACAUUGUGCGAUUUUUGUUACGAAAUUGCAUGUACGUUUACGGAAUUUUACGAUAAGUGCUAUUGCAUAGAAAAGAACCAAGCUGGUGAGAUUGUAAAAAUAAAUAUGGGACGUCUUUUACUCACGGAAGUUACAGCAAUUGUUUUGGAAAAAUGCUUUUCUCUAUUAGGCUUAAAACCUGUUAAACAAAUGUAAAAAGAAUACAUACUAUAAGAUACUAUAUAUGUAUUUUUCAUUGUGAAGUAUAAAACAUACAAAAAAAUGAAGGAAAUUAAUUUAUAAUUUUUGUUAUGUUCGGAGAGCGCGCUAUUUAUAUUAUUGCGUCACUCGCGUUAUUGGUACUACUGCUGAUAACACGCUUCCCGAGUGCAAAAAUUAGUCAUAUUAAAGCCGAAUGAUUUAAUAAAAGUGAAAUUAAUAUA